AUGGAAAGUGAAGCUUUAAACAACCCGGAGGUGGACGGUCUUAAGUAUUUGCUGGAGAAAGGGGCCUCGGUCAACGCACGCCCGGAUCCCUGCAAGCAGUCGCCUGUCCACUUGGCUGCAGGAGGCGGCCUUGCUUGUUUUCUUCUCUGGCAACUGCAAACAGGCGCUGACCUCAACCAGAAGGAUGUUUUAGGAGAAGCUCCACUACACAAGGCAGCAAAGGUUGGAAGCCUGGAGUGCCUUAGCCUGCUUGUGACCAGUGAUGCCCAAAUCAAUUUAUGUAAUAAGAAUGGGCAAACAGCUGAAGAUCUCGCGUGGUCGUGUGGAUUUCCAGAAUGUGCCAAGUUUCUUACAACAAUUAAAUGUACGCAGACAAGAAAAUCAAGUGAACACACUGAUAGGGAUGACUGUGCGCCUGUGCUCAGACAGAAACGAAGUUUUGGAAGUGUAGAAUAUAUCAGUGGGAAAAGGAAGUGUUGAUGUCACGUGGGUUAUGAAGUCUGAAGAAACACCUUCAUUUCAUGCUGACGUAUGAGCUCCAGCUUUUGGCUUACCAUAUGUGUCUAAACGCCUUCUGAGAAAGAGGAAAUCCUUUCUUCCAAGUGAAGAUCCAUUUAAGAACACAUGUAUUUACAUGCCUAUAAUAUGCUGGUUGUAUAUGCUUUGUCUUUUAAGUUAUUAAAGGGAUGUCU